AUGGCCGCCGCCGCGGAUGUUCGCGACAUGCUGGACUUGCCCGCUGAGGGCCAGCCCAGACCGGCAAAGAAGGCGAAAGUCGUUGAGAAGCGACCGGAGGGUAUCACCCGCGAACUGUACGCGCUUCUCGGAGAACGGGCGCCACCGAUUGCGAUCAACGAGAACAAAUACAAGGGGCGACCCAAGUUCAUGAACAAGUUGCGAGUCCGGAAAUGGUGCAUGACGCCCUUCGCGAACAACGCCAGGUCCGACGGUCUAGUCUUGAACCACUGGCAAAGAGAACACGAGUCGACUCGGCCACCUGCCCCGGAACCAAAUCAGAUGGAACUGGAUGAGACCAAGGAAGGAGGCAAGGAUGAGGCGCCCAAGCCGAAGGAGCAAGAAUAUGCGUUCGCCAAGUACAACAUCAAAGCCCGUGUACCUAGGCGAUACACGGACGAAGAGUACAACCGACACCUGAAGAGCGACGACUGGAGUCGCGAAGAGACGGACUACUUGAUGAAUCUCGCCACCGAAUAUGACCUGCGCUGGGUGAUCAUAGCAGACCGCUACGACUACCAACGACACCUGGACUCGGAGCCUGACGCCAACGCGAUCGUACCAGCCAAGCAAUACCGGACGAUGGAACAGAUGAAAUCGCGGUACUACUACAUCGCCGCUACAAUGCUAGCAAUCGAGCAUCCACCCUCCGAGAUGUCCGAAGCCGAAUUCGCCCUGCACGAACAAAUGUUGAAGUACGACCCAGACCGCGAGCGAGACCGCAAGGAGCUCGCCGCUCUACAACUCAACCGCACCGCAGACGAAGUCCGCGAAGAAGCCAUGCUCCUAGAAGAACUGAAGCGCAUCACAAGCAACGAGCAAAACUUCAUCACUGAGCGUCGCGAACUCUACUCCCGCCUCGAAGUCCCCAUCAGCGUCGGCAACACCGCCAUGUACCAAUCCAGCCAAGGCCUAUCCCAGCUCCUCCAAACCCUCCUCCAAGCCGACAAAAGCAAGAAGCGCCGUUCCAUCCUCGGCCCCGAAGGUGCCAUCCCCAGUCCCGUCGGUCAAACCCCCACACAAGCCACUGCACUCGGCCGCGCCGAAACACCGGGCACAACCGCCGCCACGAAGGAUACCAAGAAAGGUCCCGCCGUUCCACCGACACAACCCGCCGUGCGCACCCUCACUCCAGCCGAGGAAGCCCGCUACGGCGUACAACACCACGAACGCCUCCAAGGAGGCGUCCAAUUUCGCAGCGACCGCGCCCAAAAACUCACCCAGGCCAAGUCGAACGUUCAAACUCAAAAACUGGCCAGUGCUCUGGCAGAACUCGAAAUCCCCUUGCGCUUGUUUAUGCCUACCGAGCGCGUGUGCAAGAACUUUGAGAAACUUAUCCAGUCUGUUAACCUCCUUCUGGACGCCCGCAAGGUCGCCGAGAAAGUUGAGAGUGAGAUUCGUGUUUUGGAAGCUGCUCGGGCUGAACGCGAGCGUAAGAAUGCUCCUGAGGGUUCGAACAAGGAUCCUGAGCAUCCGGAGGUGAAGACCGAGGCGGAUGAUGGGGGUAAUAGUAUGUUGGGCUCCACUGCCGCGGACGCAACGGAGUCCGGGGUCUCCGCUGCAGGUGAGACUGGACAAGCAAAGGGUGAUGAAGCUGUGUCUACACAGACGCCCGUGAAGGAAGACGGGAAUCAUAAGCGGUCCGCCAGUGUUUUGAGCAGUGUUAGUGACAAGAGCUCGAAGCGACAGCGGCGCUGA